UGAACUGAACUUUACACUCGAUUAGCAUCAGGAUAUGGCAGGGAAUCAAAUACCGCCUGGAAAGAGACUGGAGCUGUUUAGCUCUGUCUGUCCCUCCCUCCCACACACACACACACACACAACAAAGUCUUCUCUCGAGGCAAGAACUUUUCUCUAAACUUGCUUCCUUGUGUGCGUGUGUGAGGAAGGGAAGGUGGGAGGAGGAUCCGAGAAACACAGAAGGGGCUCAGAGGGGAAGUAAAACCAGGGCUCUGGCCUCUGGGAUAUUUAUAUAAUGCAAUGGACCACCAGCAGCAGAAUAACCAGCAGUAUUUCCGAUCGGAUAGCAGCGACUCCUCAGCAUGCAUGAUGGGGUCCGGAGCAGGGCACAAGGACGAGCCAGGCUCUGGGAAGAGGAGGAAGAAGCAUUGCAGCCCCGUGUGGAUCGCCAUGGCUGUGAUGUCCAUCCUGGCUCUGCAGAUCGCCUCUACCACGGGGCUCUUCGUAUAUUUCACCAUGUCUAUUUCCAAGUUAAAAGCCCAGAUGCAGGGGAGCUCAGAGGAGCUGAAGUGUUUGCAGCUGAUCAACAGAUUGCAGGAAGUCUCAGACUUGGAGGAGCUGAUUGGCAACCAGUCCUGUCUCAAGCUGGCCAGCAGCAUCAAAUCCUAUGUGACUAUGGUGACAGAGAACGUUAUCCGCAGGAGCGCACUGAAGGAAGCCACGAGGAGCUAUUUCAACAGCUCCAGUGGGCAGCUGGCUACAAGAGCACCUGGCAAGCCCUCUGCCCACCUCACCCUCCGGCAGCAGACCCCUUCCCAGGACGGAAGCUCAGCACACUUUGGGGAGCUCUCCCAGUCCUGCCGACACCCCAUCACCAGGUGGGAGGACAAGACCAUGCACUCGCACCUCCAGAACAUCACCUACCGGGACGGCAAGCUGCGGGUGAGCCAUGCGGGCAAGUACUACAUCUACUCACAGAUCUACUUCCGCUACCCCAGCGAGGGCGUCACAGCCCACGUCUCGGGGCACCAGCUGGUGCAGUGCAUCAACCGCGAGACCUCCUAUGGGCAGCCCAUCCUGCUGCUGAAGGGCGUCGGCACUAAGUGCUGGGCACCCGAGGCAGACUAUGGCCUGCACGCCCUCUACCAGGGCGGCCUCUUCGAGCUCAAGGCCGGUGACGAGCUUUUCGUCUCCGUCUCGUCCCUGGCCAUUGAUUACGAUGAUACAGCGGCCAGUUACUUUGGGGCCUUCCGGCUUGAACUGUGAGGGGAAGAGGCCUGUGUUUAAACCCUCCUCCCAUUGGAUGAUCCCAUUGCAGACUGUCUUGAUGUCACUGCCCUGCACGGCCCAGCUACAACAAACCCGGUCGAGGCUUUGAUCCCAUCGCUGUUCCUGCCUUGCAAACCCACCAGUCUCAGCAGGUUACGGGUGCUGUGACGGCUGCCAGGCCUGUGGAUGGUGGCCAGGACAACUGCUCCCCUUGACUUACGGGGCGAUGCCCUGAUUCCGUUCCCAUUGGGUUUUGCCUUUGGAGGGCUGCCCCCGUAGCUGCACAACAGUCAUCGUCCCCUGUGGGGUGGAAGAGCCCGGGGGGCACCUCCAAUGCACCCCCCCACCCCAUCAUGGAGUCAGAGCCAUAGGAGGAGGCAGCAAACUGUGCGGAGGUCUCCAGAGAGAGCAGAACGGGGCUCCCCACCCCAUCCUCAGCGUGCUGGUGCCUUCCUCAGGGGUGGGGGUAGGGAGAGGCCCUUACAUGCUGUGAAACUCACCCGUCAGAUCCUGGAGGGGGUAAAGCCUGGGGGGAGCAGUCAGAGGAGUCAUUUCUCUCCCCCCGCACAGCCACCCCACACGUGGAAAGGACUCAGCAGUCAGCAUGCUGCAUUCAGCCUCCUACCCGGGGGAAGGAGCUGGGCCAGGGAACAUGGGUCUGCCCUGUUAGGACUGAGCAGAUUGUGUCUGAUCCAGGCAGCACCAGCUUUGGAGCAGGCCAUCACAAAACACAUGACGACGACGACGCCUUGAGAUGAUGUGACACACGCAUAGCCACAUCAUAGCGGUGUGAGGGGAAUGUGCCACAGUGCAUCAAAUCUGCACACAGGGCUGUGCCACACCACCUUGGUGUCCCCGUAGCCAGGAUGUGACAGUCCAGUGUGGGUCUGAAUCCAGGUCCUUCUCCCACUAGGUCACCUGGGUCCAGGGCAUCCGCCUCUGUGCAGUACAGCAAGCUGCAUGUUGUCUCAACACAGAGCCAGAGGGAGGAAAAGAGACCAGGGAGUGUGCUGGCAGCAGAGGGUGCUCACCGCAGGAGGGGAAUGUAGGUCAGUGGAUCAGGUUCGCCUUUCUUUGCUCUUCCUGCCCCACUCCACAGGUAGGUCUGAGACAGCCUGCAGGUAUUUAGAGCUGGGCCUGAGCCACGCACAGACACAUUCUGCUUUCACAGAAGGUGGGAUUUUAAUCCAAUACAACUCUGCGGGCGCCACCAGUAAAUCUGUGUAAGAGGGUCUUAACUCUGUUAGCUGAAGUCGGUUUGUAGUCUACUUAAAUGAAACUGGUUUGAGACCCUCUGAAACAGACUUGAGUGUCUAUGGCGGUGUGUGUGUGUGUGUGUGUGUGUGUGUGUGUGGGGCACCGAUGGAACUAAAUUAGCUUCUAAAUCAGCUUAGUUAAAUGGGUGCACGAGCCAUAUAGACAAGCCCAAAGCAACCCUGCGAGGGCCUCUCGCACCCAUCUAAUUCUGCACCUCUCCUCUUCACUGACGUACGGUUUACACCACACCUGUCAGAAAGGGCUUGAUGCUACCAGGAUUCUGGGUUAACAUCCCCUCCUCAGUGUUUGCUGCUCUGGUGAUCCAGCUCGGAGCUGGCAUAGCUGGUUGCUAAUGGACAGGAAAGAAGAAAUGCUGGUUUUAGAUGCCAUUCGAGGUGGGGUUGGUUUUUAAAGGGAAAGAAAAAGUUGUUAGGGCCAAGCUGUAGGUUUCGUGGAAGGGGAUGGAGAGGAUACAGAGCCUGUGCCGAACAAAAGCGUUUGCAGGAGACAGUUUUCAAUGACUGUUUCUCCCCAGAAACACUUAACAGCUGACUUUCCCUGGCUGAAAGUGACUCAGUGGAAACAGCAUCUUCUGACUUGCAGAUCCACCUGCCAUCUGGCUCAGUCAGAGCUUCAGAAACAAAAUAUGCUUCAUUCCUAUCAACCAUGCUGAGUCACCGAAUCUGAGAGUGUGCGAGCUGGAUUCCUUCCUGGUUUAUGCAUCACUAAGACCAGUGUUGUUAACAAAGGCCUUGUCUGCGCUGGGAUUUCAGCCAGCAGUAGAGCUGCAGUUAUGCAAAACCUCUGGUGUAGACACAAUUUACACCAGUGGGGUUUGUCUUGGGGUUUGUUGUCCCAGUACAAACGCUGCUUCAGCUGCACAUCAUGCCUUACACUAGGGGUCUACACUGGUACACAUGCUCUGGUGGCUAAAAUCCCACCAUAGCCAAGGCUUAGAUCUCAAUUACAUAGCCCAUUUCUGCCCCCAAUUACACCUUGAAGGCUGUGGGGUUGCACAGGUGUAACUGAAUGCAGAUUUUGAACCUCUAGCACUGAAUCAAGGCUCACUGGCUCAUCCCAUGCUAGGUGUAAGAUACUUGUAGAUUCUGGGCAGGCAGGCUAGAGACCCAACUUCCAUCUGUGUAAUUACUUGUAUACUGAAUGCGUCCGAUGAAUUGAGCUGUAGCUCACGAAAGCUUAUGCUCAAAUAAAUUGGUUAGUCUCUAAGGUGCCACAAGUACUUCUUUUCUUUUUGCGAAUACAGACUAACACGGCUGCUACUCUGAAACUUGUAUAUUCUGUGUAUCAUAAUAGCACCAAGACUGUUGGUAGGUACAGACAGGCUGAAAUGCAGGAUCAUCUCCAGUGAAGGGUGUGAGUAUGCGCUGCCCAGCUGGGUGGAUUUUUGAUGUGAGACUUCUGUGCUUGUUCAAUAAAACUUGUAUUCAAUCA